CAUACGUAUAUAUAUAUAUGUAAUUUUGCGUGGGUGUCUUGUGGUGGUCUCAGCUGUCUCAUUUAAUUUACUUAUCUUUUGCUUUCACUUUUCACUUUUCGCUUUCAUUUCCCCUUUUCCUUUAUAAUAUCUUACGAGCAAUGAGUGCACAACAGCAUCUAUUACGUAGAAACUUCUCCCAGCACAGCGACCUUGACUUUGGUGCGGCCAGCAACCUGGACAGGACCAAGUACAUUAACGACCCCAUCCACGGCUACAUCAACCUGAGUGAAACUGCACUGCAAUUCAUAGACACUCCGCAGUUCCAGCGCUUGCGGUACCUGAAGCAGCUCGGCACAUCGUACCACGUCUUUCCCGGAGCCAGCCAUAAUCGAUUCGAGCAUUGCAUCGGCACGUCUUACUUGGCUGGCAAAGUGGUCCAGGGGUUUGCGCAACACCAGCCGGAGCUGGAGAUCAACGAGCGCGAUAUUCGCUGUGUCACGCUAGCCGGCCUUUGCCAUGAUCUGGGACACGGCCCCUUCAGCCACGUCUUUGACAACGCGUUCAUCCCGCGCGUGUGCCCCGAUGUUGUGUGGUCGCACGAGAAGGGCUCCGAGAUGAUGCUGCACCACACCAUCGACGAAAACAACAUUGACAUUGACGAGUCCGACAUUUCAUUUAUCAAGCAGCUGAUUAUAGGAUCUACUGCGCGUGUUCCCGGCGAAAAGAUGUUUCUCUUUGACAUUGUGGCUAACAAACGCAAUGGCGUUGACGUGGACAAGUUUGACUACAUUCAGCGAGACUGCUACAACGUGGGCGUCAAGAGCAGCUAUGACUUUUCGCGGCUGAUGCUUAACUCGCGUGUCAUUGACGACGAGAUCUGCUACAACCACAAGGAGACAUACAAUUUAACUGAAAUGUUCCACACCCGCUACAGCUUGCACAAGCGCCUAUACAGCCACCACGCUGCCAAGGCCAUCUCGCUUAUGAUUGUGGAUGCCAUGAUAAUCGCCAACCCUGUCCUCAAGAUAUCAGACGCCAUUCGCGACCCCCGGCUGUACCAGGAUCUCACUGACGAUAUAUUGCGCGACAUCGAGCGCUCUCGCGACCCAGAGCUCCAGCCGGCCCGCAACAUUAUCUCGCGCAUCCAUACUCGUGAUCUGUACAAAUUUGUCGACGAGUUUAUCCUCCCGGCAGACCUCGACUCGUUAGCCAACAGCAACAACAUAAAUGAGGCCGCCAUUGUUGGACUGCGCGCCGAUGGCGACGACUUUGUCGAGCGGGACGUGCUGAUAAACUUUUGCCGCAUCCACUACGGCAUGCACAAGGAGAACCCAGUCGACCACGUCGGCUUUUACUCAAAGUACAACGUUUUCGAGAAGCUGUCCAUUUCCAGUGAGUUUAUCAGCAUGUGCGCCCCGCAAAAGUACGAAGAAUGCAUUGUGCGCAUCUUCACCCGCACGCCCAGCAAGCGCAAGCAGAUUCAAAGGGCGUCGCGCAAACUGAUGGCCAACUUCAGCCAGCGCAUUAGGAGCGUCAACUCGUCCAACUCGCCGGUACGUGCAGCCGUGUCGCCGUCAAACAUCAAGCCCAACGUCGGACUGACACUGCCCGACAAUAUGGCUGAUUUCUCGACCAAGAAGUGCUGUCUCGAUUUUACCAAGCAUAAGUGCUGAUCACCCCUCUCCUCGAGUUCCAAUGAACUGGUAGUAUUAU